GAAUUUUAUAAUAUUUACACUUUAUCGAAUACUCUCAACAGAAUUAGAUACAAUUGUGUAGAAAAAAAAAACAUAAUCAUGGCGCACUACGAGAACCAGUAUAGUGCAGGGCAGGCUCUGCAGACGGACGAAUACGGCAACCCAGUCCGCCAAACUGACGAGUAUGGCAACCCAAUCCAGCAGACUGGUGGAACCAUGGGAGAAUAUGGAACCACCGGUACCGGCUAUGGAACUCAGGCUGGACACACCACUGGCGUACUUGGUGGGGAACAACGCCAGCAUGGUACUCUCGGUGGUAUGCUUCACCGUUCUGGCAGCUCUAGCUCCAGCAGCUCUUCUGAGGAUGAUGGACACGGCGGUAGAAGGAAGAAGAAAGGGAUAAAGGACAAGGUUAAGGAGAAAUUGCCAGGAGGUCACAGAGACGACCUAGCACAUUCAACUGCAACAACUACCACUACUGGUUAUGGUAUGGAAGGCACUCAUGAGAAGAAGGGAAUUAUGGAGAAGAUUAAGGAGAAGCUUCCAGGCCAUCAUGGCCCUGGACACCACUAGGAAUUAAAGCUGUGGCUGAAAUUAAGAAUAAAUCCUUUUAAAUAUACACAUGUAAAAUGUUUGGUUAAAUACUUGUGUUAGUAGUUGUUUCUAGUUUGUCCUUGCUGUGUCUUGAAGCGUGGCCUUUUAUGUGAAUAAUAAAGUCACGCUAGCCUCUUUUAAGUGCUAGUGGAAGCAU